AUGGCGGCUCGAGCUCUUCAUUUUGUCUGCCUCGCGGGCAUUGCCACCGCUCUCGUCGAAAGGAGUCCCCUGACUUUGAUCCUCACCAUUAAUGGCUUGGAUCAAGUCUUUCAACUCGGUAACAAGAGCUACUUGGCAACGCCCUCCUCGCCACUCGCUCUCGCAGCCGCAAAACCCAAAGCAACCAACGCUCCGGCAACUCACAUCGUUGCAACUUCUCCUGUCAUCACUGGGCAGUACCUCCAAGAUAGGAUUGCUCGCUACCUGGCCGAAGAUGACGUAUUCUCGGAGGACUUCCUUGAGACAAUCAUCCUGAGCUCCAAUUGCUCUUCAAGACUUGACGAUGCUGCCACAGCCUUCGUGGCAUCUAUUGGGUCGCAAGUUUUCAUGCUACCAGCUUCUUCCCAACUUGAGUCGCCCUUGCCGCCUCCCGGACCAUUGUUUCUGGAGUCUGAUGGCAGGACAGUCACGUUCUCAACGGUCUCCCGCCUCUACACGGAUACCUAUAGUGACUUUGUCCACGGAAUCUACGAAUCCAACGGAACUUACAAGGUCCUUGGCCUGACUGACGCUGAUUGGGGUUAUCCGUUGAUCCCCGUCCCGUCCCGCCUCUACAGUGAAGCCGACUCUCGGCCUCUAGCUGGAAAAAGAAUUGGCGUCAAGGACAUCUACGACAUCAAGGGACUCAAGUCCACUCUAGGAAGCAAAGCAUGGACACAGAUGACCGCCGAGGCCAACGCAACCGCUCCUUCUAUUCAGCGCAUCAUUGACAUCGGCGGAACUGUCGUGGGAAAGCAGAAAACAUCCCAAUUCGCGUCCGCGGCUCACGCAUGGGAGUGGACCGACGUAUACUACCCUCAGAACCCCCGCGGUGAUGGAUACCUCAGUUGUUCAGCGUCUUCUGCUGGCGGUGGUUGCUCCAUUGCCGCAUACGACUGGCUCGACUUUGCCAUCGGGUCGGACACUGGCCAGUCUAUGCGUCAACCGGCAGCGUUCUCGGGUACGUUUGGAAACCGCCCGUCGCAAGGCCUCAUGGUGCUGGAUGGAGUGAUGCCUAUUUCCUACGGUGCCGACACGGGCGGUGUGUUUGCACGUGAUCCCCAGGACUGGGUGAAGUUCUCUAAGCUUUGGUAUGAGCCUUCGCUUCACCAAGACAGUAGCCUCAAUGGGCUACCCGAGCUUGAGGUCCCCGAUUCUCGUGCGUUUCCGAAGCGGAUCUUGUAUCCCACCGACCACCUUCCGCUGCAGAACCCCGCCGCUGAAGAAGUCCUGCAGAGCUUCUUGGCUCAAGUCAAUAAGAUCAUGAACUUGACGGUCACGAAAGUCAACAUCACGGAAACAGUCGAGAGCGUCACUGGUCGAGAUCUUGACAGAAUCCUAGCUGAUCUGAGUACCAUCUGGACCUACUCACAGCUCAAAGUUGUGGCAACCCCUCUGAUUGCACACUACAGCCCAAAUUUCCCUUCUUUGGAUAGACCGUACCGAACUUCUUUCCGGAAUUUCUCCCUAGACGCCAAAGGCCACACCGAAGCGCUUGACCGUAGACGCCAAGACUCCGAUGCCUGGCAUCGUGAGGUCUUGUUCAACACCACCGAGAGCUGCUCCGAAUCCAUCAUGAUCUACGACAUCGGUACGGGUGGACUUCCCUCCUUCAGAGAGGCUGAGUUGAAUAAGUCCCCCGGCGCUGCCUUGCCUGCCGGUACUGGAACUCGAGGGGCUGCUUCCACCCUUGCGUCUUACUUCGGAAGCGCAGACUUCACCAUCCCAAUUGGCCAGGUGCCCUACUACAGCAACAUCACUUACCGAGAAGAAAUGAUGCCUGUGACUAUCAACAUGGUGGCCAGGAGGGGGUGCGACUUUGUCUUGUUUAAUCUUGUCGAAGAGUUGACGAAGCUGGGAGUCUUGGGGCCUGUCACUACUGGUUCGCGUACCUUUGUAUGA